AUGAAGAAAUUGUGGAUUCAUGAACCAGAGUCGGCUGUGAGGGCUCAGAUCCACCUUACUAAGCCGUUAGCGCGUUCCGGGGGCGAACUCUGGAACCCGAAAUUAUAUCCAACUGGCCUCUUCUCUUGUGCCGUUUACUGGAUCCCGUUUGUGGUCACCUCCGCUGCCACCAUGGCAAAACUCGCAGAUGAUCCCCAGAUCCAACAUGCGUCCCUGCAUAAUCCCCUCCCGCUUCAAUUGCAUACCUAUGUCUGGCCGUUCCUGAUUAUCUGGCCCGUGUUCUUUGCCUUCUACCUUUCCCCUGAGCGCUAUGAUACCUACAUUCAGGGCCAGGAAUGGACCUUUGUCUUUGCGGGGUCCAUCAUCACCGUGCAGUCGCUGCUGUGGCUGAUGACCAAGUGGAACAUUAACAUUAGCACUCUGUUCACCACCACCUCGGCGAAUUCCGUUGAUACUGCCCGCCUCAUCAAGGUCAUUCCCAUUACCAACGCCGGUUCCGCCGAGAUCUGUCCUUUGAUCCGUGAAAACGCUGGUGGCAAGAAGACGCUCUCGUUCCUGUUCCAGAAGCGCCGCUUCCUAUUCUACCCCGAAACCCGUUCCUUCGCGCCUCUGUCCUACAGCAAGGGUCUUACCACCAAGGCCGAGAUCGAGCGCAUCCAACACCACUACGGCGACAACACCUUUGACAUCCCCGUUCCUACCUUCGUCGAGCUCUUCCAAGAGCAUGCGGUGGCACCGUUCUUCGUGUUCCAGGUGUUCUGCGUUGGACUGUGGAUGUUGGACGAAUACUGGUAUUACUCGUUGUUUACGCUGUUCAUGCUCGUUGCUUUCGAGAGCACCGUGGUGUGGCAGCGCCAGAGAACCCUCAACGAGUUCCGUGGAAUGAACAUCAAGCCAUACGAUGUGUGGGUUUACCGCGAGAACAAGUGGCUGGAAAUUACUAGCGACAAGCUUCUUCCCGGCGAUCUGAUGUCUGUCAAUCGCACCAAGGAGGAUGGCGGUGUUGCUUGUGACAUUCUCCUCAUUGAGGGGAGUGUUAUCGUGAACGAAGCAAUGCUCUCUGGUGAGAGUACCCCGCUUCUGAAGGACUCUGUUCAGCUUCGCCCUGGUGAUGACCUGAUUGAACCGGAAGCUCUGGACAAGAACUCGUUUGUGCAUGGGGGUACCAAGGUCCUUCAGGUCACCCACCCCAACGGCACUGGAGAUGAGUCACUGAGUAACCUGGCCGCUGGCAUUACCGCUCCCCCCGACAAUGGUGCUAUCGGCGUGGUUGUCAAGACUGGCUUUGAAACCAGCCAGGGUAGCCUUGUGCGCACUAUGAUUUACUCCACCGAGCGUGUCUCCGCCAACAAUGUCGAGGCUCUGUUGUUCAUUCUUUUCCUCCUGAUUUUCGCGAUCGCUGCCUCGUGGUACGUGUGGAAGGAGGGUGUUUCCAAGGAUCGUAAGCGAUCCAAGCUUCUUCUGGACUGUGUCCUCAUUGUCACGAGUGUUGUUCCCCCGGAGCUUCCCAUGGAGCUAAGCUUGGCCGUAAACACAAGUCUUGCUGCCCUGAGCAAGUUUGCUAUCUUCUGUACCGAGCCCUUCCGUAUCCCCUUUGCUGGACGCGUGGAUAUUGCUUGCUUCGAUAAGACUGGUACCCUGACUGGCGAGGACCUUCUCGUGGACGGUAUUGCUGGUCUCACACUGGGACAGACGGGUGCUAAAGUUGAAGCUGAUGGUGCUCACACUGAUUUGGCAAAGACUGCGACUGUUGGUCCUGAAACUACUCUUGUGCUUGCCAGCGCCCACGCCCUGGUGAAGCUGGAUGAGGGUGAUGUCGUUGGUGACCCCAUGGAGAAGGCUACUUUGGAGUGGCUUGGUUGGACUCUUGGCAAGAAGGACACCCUGAAUAGCAAGGGCAAUGCCCCUGUUAUUUCCUCCCGCCCCGUCGAGUCUGUUCAGAUCAAGAGAAGAUUCCAGUUCUCCUCUGCCCUGAAGCGCCAGAGUACCAUCGCCACUGUGACCACCAACGAACCCAAGACUUCGAAGAAGAGCAAAGCUACCUUUGUCGGUGUCAAGGGUGCUCCUGAGACUAUCAGCACCAUGCUUGUCAACCUGCCCUCUAACUACGAAGAGACAUACAAGCACUUCACUCGCAAUGGUGCCCGUGUUCUCGCUCUCGCCUACAAGUAUCUCUCUACCGAGUCGGAGCUCUCUCAGAACCGCAUCAACAACUACGUUCGUGAAGAGAUUGAAUCCGACCUGAUCUUCGCUGGUUUCCUUGUCCUCCAGUGCCCUCUGAAGGAUGAUGCGAUCAAGGCUGUCCGCAUGCUCAAUGAAAGCAGCCACCGUGUUGUCAUGAUUACCGGUGACAACCCGUUGACUGCUGUCCAUGUUGCCCGUAAGGUUGAGAUUGUGGACCGUGAAGUGGUUAUUCUCGAUGCUCCCGAGCACGAUACCUCGGGAACUCGGGUUGUCUGGCGUACCAUUGACGACAAGCUUAACAUCGAUGUUGACCCGACCAAGCCUUUGGACCCCGAGAUUCUGCAGACCAAGGAUAUUUGUAUCACCGGUUACGCUCUGGCCAAGUUCAAGGGCCAGAAGGCUCUGCCCGACCUGCUUCGCCACACCUGGGUGUAUGCCCGCGUGUCUCCCAAGCAGAAGGAAGAUAUUCUGCUUGGCCUCAAGGAUGCUGGCUACACUACCCUGAUGUGCGGUGACGGUACCAACGAUGUCGGUGCUCUGAAGCAGGCACACGUCGGCGUUGCCCUUCUGAACGGAUCUCCCGAUGACCUGACCAAGAUUGCCGAGCACUACCGGACCACCAAGAUGAAGGAGCUGUAUGAGAAGCAGGUUGGCAUGAUGCAGAGAUUCAACCAGCCCGCGCCUCCUGUGCCUCUGCCAAUUGCUCACCUCUACCCUCCCGGUCCCUCCAAUCCCCACUACCAGAAGGCCAUCGAGCGAGAGGUGCAGAAGAAGGGUGCUGCCGCCGUAGCCGCUGCCAAGCCGGGUGAGGAGAUUCCCACCAUCACCUCGCCAGGUGCUCAGGCACUGCAGUCGUCCCAGGCCAUGACUCCCCACCAGCAGAGACAGCAGCAGGUCCAAGCUGCCGCCGCCGGCUUUGCCGACAAGCUCACCUCUUCCAUGUUGGAGCAGGAACUGGAUGAGAGCGAGCCACCUACCAUUAAGUUGGGUGACGCCUCCGUUGCUGCACCAUUCACCAGCAAGCUGGCCAACGUCAUUGCUAUUCCGAACAUUAUUCGCCAGGGCCGUUGCACUUUGGUCGCGACGAUCCAGAUGUAUAAAAUUCUUGCUUUGAACUGUCUGAUUAGUGCCUACAGUCUGAGUGUCAUCUACUUGGAUGGUAUCAAGUUUGGUGACGGUCAGGUCACUAUCAGCGGUAUGCUGAUGAGCGUUUGCUUCCUGUCUAUCUCUCGUGCCAAGUCGGUCGAGGGUCUCUCCAAGGAGCGCCCGCAGCCAAACAUCUUCAAUGUGUAUAUCAUCGGAUCCGUUCUUGGACAGUUCGCUAUCCACAUUGUGACUUUGAUCUACCUCUCCAACUACGUCUACUCCAUUGAGCCGAGAUCUGAUAACGUCGACCUCGAGGGCGAGUUUGAGCCGUCUCUUCUGAACAGCGCCAUCUACCUCCUCCAGCUGAUCCAGCAAAUCUCUACCUUCUCGAUCAACUACCAGGGCCGUCCUUUCCGCGAGUCCAUCCGCGAGAACAAGGCCAUGUACUGGGGUCUGGUCGCCGCUUCGGGUGUUGCCUUCUCCUGCGCAACCGAGUUCGUCCCUGAGAUCAACGAGAAACUGCGUCUGGUUCCUUUCAGCAACGAGUUUAAGCUCACGCUGACGGUACUGAUGAUCUUCGACUACGGCGGUUGCUGGUUGAUCGAAACUGUCCUGAAGCAUUUCUUCAGUGACUUCCGUCCCAAGGACAUCGCUGUGCGUCGCCCUGAUCAGCUGGCGCGCGAGAUGGAGCGCAAGGCGAAGGAGCAGCAGGAGGCUGAAGCAGAGAAAGAGCAGCAGAGGAAGAUGUAA